AUGCGCGACGCCCUCGCAGCCGCGGAGCUGGUGUUGCGCGGAGCUGGCGGAACAUCGGCGGAAGGGCAGCGAGGAGAAUGCGCGGGGGCGGGAGAAGCAGGCCGAUUAGACGCGAAGAAUCGUGCAUCUGCGCCGGGUUCGGGUUUGGACCGCUGCUGUUCGUCCACGUGUACGGCUCUAGAUGCUGUCGUGGCAGCCGUUAGAUGUUUAGAGGAUGUUGGCGGGGGAAGGAGCGCUGCUGUGGGCUCAGACUCAUGCGCCAUACGCCGUUGCAAGGCACCCACAGGUGUGUGUGUGGGGAAGAGUGGGGGAGGAGGGCGUGUGUGUGAUCUGGUGACGCCAGCAGCAGAAGGCCAGUGGCGCAAGUACCGGAGAAUCGUGGGGGCUCUGGAGCAGCUUCAGGGGAGAAAGGAGUGCGUGCGUGCGUUCAGGGCAAUAGAGAAAGAAGAGGAUCUGGACGAAGUGCGGACGGAGAAGGGUAGCAUGGGCACGUGGGGGGAAGAUGCCAAGAGGGAGCGCAGAGAUUAUGGGGGAUGGGGAAAAUCAACGAGGGAGGGUGAUGAGGAGGAUGUAGAAGGUAUUGAGGGCAUGGGAGGUGAGGUGGAUUGGACGGGAGGGAGAGAGGAAGAGGGAAAGACAAGGGUUGUGGGAAAGGGAGAGGAGGAAGGAGAAGAGGAGGGAGAGGAGGGAGAGAAAGAGGGAGAGGGAGAGGACGAAGAGGAGGAGGAGCAGGAGGGCCCGUGGGACACAGUGGGGGCGGUGUGUUUUGAGGUGGCAAGCGGAGCAGCAGCAGCCGCGUCUAGUGGGGGAAUAGCUUUCAAGGCGCCUGGCAGGGUGGGGUGUGCAGCAAUGCACGGGGCAGCCUGCUGGGCUGAUGCCUCCAUCAGCACCGCAUCCAACCUACCCAAGUCAUCAGCAGCAGAUCCAGCAUGCUCAGAGGCUGCUCAAGAGAUCAGCGUCAGAGGCGAUUUCCAUGCAGCGGCAGUGGAAACUGAGUCAGAGCAUGAUCAGAAGCAGCAGCAGCACCAGCCGCAGAUGCUUGCUGUGGCUGCCAGUGUGUCCGGGGCCGGUGAGCCAAUCGUGGAGUGCCAGCUCGCACGGUGCGUGUGCGAGGCGGCCAUGGAAGGUGGUGAGUCUGACCCUGCAGCGAUGGGGAUUGCCAGGCUCAAUGCUCAUGUGGCAGCUCUGUCAGCAGCAUUAGAUGAUCAGCAGCAGCGGGGGGAAACAGAGAGGAAGAGGCAGUGGCCCGUUGCUUCCGAUGUUGGUCUGCUGCUGCUCUCUGCUUACCCGCAGCAUAAGAAUGGUGAAGUGGCAGUGGAGCUGACGGCAUCCUUUCAGGCUCGCUCAUUUGGAUUUGGAGUGACCUCUUCUGCUGAUACUCGGUUAGAUAUGGCGGAGGCAGCGGCUGCAGCAGUGGUAUCGCGACGACAUCACGACGAGCCAGCAGGCGAUUCCGGCGACGCUGGCGACGACAUCAACGACGCGUUGGGUCGCAGGAGUCCUAGAGGGAGCGUAAACCGCCAUUCCCCAGGGAACUCGCGCUCUUCGCCUAACUCCGGCUCGUUACCCAAGUCCGGUUCGCUUCCAAAGUCACCGUCAGGCGCGCUACUUGAUCCCUCCUCGUCCGCUUACUCCGCCGGUCGCUCGUUUCCGAAGUCAUCCUCGUUAUUAGACGACCCCGCUAAGUUUGAGGCGUAUGAGCAGCUCAACCUACACCAGGCGCGUUCUUCGAGGCAUCCGAGCGUUAAGGCUGGCCGCUCCUCCUCCUCCUCUUCCUCUCGAGGGAAGCUGAGUGUGCGGUGGGCUUUGGAGGAGGGAGAGGAGGGGCAUGAGGGAGUGGGGAGGAGGAAGAGUAGUGUGGCUCGGGUGGAGGAAGGGGAUGGGGAGGAGAUGGGUGAGGGGGAUGGGCUGAUAGGCGGAGAGGGGGGUGAGGGGAGAGAAGAGGAAGGAGGGGUUGAGGGGGACGGAGAGGGAGGGGGAGGGAGGAGGCGGAAUGGGAAGCUUUUUCGGAUGUUGAGUGCAGAUUUUUGCGUUGGAGGGGAGAAUGGGGGUAGGAGUGGGGCGUAUGGGGGAAGGGGUAUGGAUGAGGGGAGCAGGAAUUGGGGGAGAGGGGGGAGAAGUAUUGGAGGAAGGGGGGGAUGGGGAGGGUCAAUGGGUUGGUGGCGGGGUUGGGGGAGAGAUGCAGCAGAGGGAGGGGAUGUGAGUGAUUGGGGGGAAGGAGGGUCAGGAGGAAGCGGAGGACGAGGGGGAGGAGGAGGAGGCGGAGGAGAGGGAGGAGUGGGAAGCAACAUGAAGGGGAUAGUAGGAGAGGGAGUGGCUCUUUUAGAUGAUGAGGAGGUGGAGAGGAUGGAUGACGAGGUGAUUCAAGCCUUGUUCGAGCGAGUGGUGGAGGCACAGACGCAGCUGCACAAUUAUAAGAACCUUGUCGCCUUUUCACUCUUCACCGCGCUCUACCUCCUCAUGCUCUGUCUUCAGGACUACUCAGGGGACUCAAGCUACUCCUUUGCCAGCAGCAGCGACUUCUACACCUGGCUUAACAACAGCAUCAUUCAGGUGGGUCCAUUCCACAGGGUUAUUGCCCCACCGUGGGCCUGA